CGACACGCUGCUGGACGAGCACAACGGCGCAGACAUUGAUUUGAUCUUGCACGACGGGCGAAUCGGACCUACUCGCACAGGGGCACAUUCGUUGUUGCCGAUUCAGCAGGAUCGGUGGCGAAGACCAAAUGAAGCGCCAGUAGACGAACUUCAUAAUUCUGAUCAAAAUCAAAUAGAAAGUCGACAGAUACCGCAGCAACAUGGAUAUAGCAGUGGAUCAAAAUUGGACGUCAUGUAUCAGCAGUUGCGCAAUGUCGUACUCUUGAAAGCCAGCCCACAG